AGCAUAUUGUCUAUGAUGUACGGUGAAGGGUGGAGGGACGGAUGGAUAUCGCUUCGUUGACGCCUAAAAUAAUUAUUUCAUGGUGUUUUGUGAUAAAAUCCAUAUAUGCGGAAUAAAUUUAGUGAAUUUAUUAAAUACUUCGACUGUGUUCGUGUGUAAAGGUGUAAUAAGGUGGCUUAUUCGUUAAUCUCCACUGAUUACAUUCCGACCGCUCCCUCGCGCAAAGUACGUCAGACGUUAAGUAUUUUUCGUACUGUUUGUACUACUUGCGAUAGUAGGCCGUAAUAGUAAAAGCUGUUGGAAAGUGCAUUUGUACGGGAAAUUGUUGGUGUAAAAAACUAUCUCACGUUCCAUUUAUCUGAAAGCGCUAUGAGUUGAUCUUUUAAGUUUGUGAGAUAUUGUCGUUUGUGGCCAUUUUUCGGUACAUUUGUGAGUCAAUCUUCGAACAGUGAUGGCGUUAAGUCGACAGAGACACUAGGGAAGGCUGGACCGACAUGAUAGCUGCGCAAUGGACGGCGUAAAGAAAAUACAUUCGGGGACGUUGUACCGGAACGGGCCGGUGGAGGGCGCGUACGGUCCGCAGCACAGUCCCGUGUCGCGCUCGGACGCGUCCACGGAGGACGCGGAGCUGUCCGCCGCGCUCGCGCACCAGCACCACCUCGCCAUGCAGGCCGGCGAUUACCAGGGCGUCGGCGCGGGCGUCGACCCCGACUACGGCCAGUACGUGUCUUCCCCGGGGGCGCACUAUAACCACAUGGGACACCUGACCAUGGCGCCCUCGCAGAAGUACCCACAUGUGAUGGAUUCAGUAUCCGUAUCCGGUGGGGGUACGUACGGCGCGACGGGCGGCCAUUACGGAACGUACGGCCACUACGGAGCCACGGCAUACCCAGCACAGCCGGCGUAUAUGGUCGAGCAGCCGCCGAACGUCCCGCAGUACAUAGGCCAGGAAUAUGUAGAAGGUGGCGGUAGUGCGUCUCCUCGAAGCGCCUCGCCAGGCGCUUUGCCCCCUCAACACAAUUUGCACUUACAACAAAGGUACGACUCAGCGUCGCUAGAACAAAUCGGCCGCCAUUAUUGUGUGACGUCACCGCGCGGCGAGUACGCGGCCGACGCGUACGGCUACCAGCACUACCCCACCGCCUACGACCCCAACCCGCACCAGCCGCCGCAGUUCAAAGAUUCGCAGAAUGGAUUAAGUUUAGGCAGCGCAGGCGGUCAAUCAAUGUAUGGGGAUGAAGAGGAAUUGCAGAAACAAAUGGCCAACAUGGCGUUAGUUCACGCCGGCGUCGGUCGCGAAGACGGCGGCGGUCUACAAUGGCGGGAUCCCAACCUUCCAGAAGUCAUCGGCUUCCUGAACUCACCCUCGGACGUCGUGAAAGCGAACGCGGCGGCGUAUCUCCAACAUCUCACGUAUAUGGACGACCCUAACAAACAGAAGACUAGGAGUUUAGGCGGAAUCCCACCAUUAGUCCGGCUAGUGUCCCACGAGAACCCCGAAGUGUGUCGCAACGCGUGCGGAGCCCUAAGAAACUUGUCCUAUGGCCGGCAAAAUGACGAGAACAAGCGAGCUAUAAGGGACGCAGGCGGCAUUCCCGCGCUCAUGGCUUUAUUAUGUCGAGCUACUGAUAUGGAGGUGAAAGAAUUGGUGACAGGUGUAAUAUGGAACAUGUCGUCGUGCGAAGACCUCAAGCAGUCGAUUAUAGACGACGCGGCGCAAGUCAUCGUCAACAAAGUCAUCAUUCCACACUCUGGCUGGCAUCCUACCAACCCCGGUGACACCUACUGGUCCACGGUAUUCCGGAACGCAUCCGGCGUCCUCCGUAACGCGUCGUCGGCGGGCGAGUACGCGCGGCGCCGGCUCCGCUGCCUCGGCGGGCUGGCCGAGGCCUUGCUGCACGCCGUGCGCGCCGCCAUACAGUGCAACGCCAUCGGCACCAAGAUCGUCGAGAACUGCGUCUGCGUGCUGCGGAACCUGUCCUACAGAUGUCAAGAAAUAGAAGAUCCCCUAUACGAUACUAGAGCACCACCUACCCAAUCCUCUGGCCAAGCGAGGAUACAAGCUAGCGCUUCCAAAGGAGAGAACCUAGGCUGUUUCGGCGGCAGUAAAAAGAAGAAGGAAGGCUCAUCGUCGUCCAACUCCACCAGCCCGCUAGGCAAAAGCGACCCCGACCACCAACCCCUGGGAGAUACCAGUUCGAACACCCAGCUCGGGUACAGUGUACCCAAGGGCACUGAAAUGCUCUGGUCACCUGAGGUGGUGCCACUAUACAUGGCGCUGCUGCAGACGUGUUCGAACCCGGAGACGCUUGAGGCUGCAGCAGGCGCGCUGCAGAACCUCGCGGCCUGCUACUGGCAGCCUUCUAUCGACAUUCGGGCGGCUGUAAGGAAAGAGAAGGGUCUACCUAUAUUAGUGGAACUGCUUCGAAUGGAAGUGGACCGCGUCGUAUGCGCGGUGGCCACAGCAUUGCGGAACUUGGCGAUCGACCAACGCAAUAAGGAGCUCAUCGGGAAAUACGCCAUGCGGGACCUGGUGCAGAAACUACCUAGCGGGAACCAACAACAUGAUCAGCAGGGCACAUCAGACGACACAAUCGCGGCCGUCCUGGCCACACUAAACGAAGUGAUCAAGAAGAGCGGCGAGUUCAGCCGUUCGUUAUUAGAGGCCGGCGGCGUGGAACGCCUCCUCAACCUCACCAAGCAGCGCCAUCGGCAUACGCCGAGAGUGCUCAAGUUUGCAGGGCAAGUGCUGCAGACGAUGUGGUCGCACGCGGAGCUGCGCGAGGUGUACCGCAAGCACGGCUGGCGCGAGGCCGACUUCCUCACGCCCGCGCGCGCCGCGCAGCCGCGCUCCAACACCAGCACCUCCGGUGGCGGCACGCCGGUGGGCGGCGCGCCGCACUCGCCCAGCAACGCCAACAGCACGCUCAGCCGGCCCAUGGCCAGCACCGGCGGCACGCGGUACGAGGACCGCACCAUACGGAGGCACAGAGAGAGCGAUGACCCCCCAACGAUGGACGUGAACAACUACCAAGACGGUCUCGGCAUGGGCAACCCCAACGGCCGGCCCAUGAACCUCCAAGGCGUGCAGGCGUCCAUGCCCAUGCCGCCGAGCAGUCGCUAGUGCGCUCAAGAGAGAUCGUGGGGGUAACUUGCUUGUCACACUCUAAAAUCAACCUUAAUGUUGGGUGGUAAAGUUUAAAGUGUGGCGGUUAGUGUAACGGGGUGUCGAGUAGAGAGUAUUUGGGAGUUAUAGACGAAUGAAUUACAAAUUAUAACGUUUAGCCGCCCAUACGUCAAACCUUGCCAAGCAAAAUGAAAUUUUAUUUUGUCAACACAAAGUUCAAAUUAGAAUGGAACAGGAUACCUUUUUAUAGGUCUCUGGGCGGCUAGAGGAUAAUAGACGCUUGAAUAGGCAACCCCAACGGCCGGGCGAUGAACCUCCAAUGCUUGUAAGGUUCGAUGCCUAUGCCGCCGAGCAGUCGCCAAUGCGGUCAACACAGAUCCUGAUAACUUCCUUUCACACUAAAAUGAGCCUUCGUACAUCGUGGUAAAGUUUAGUUUAUAUUCUGAACCCAACUGUACAUGUAUGGUCGACUCCCCUUUGCACAAGUUACAAUUUCUGUUCUCGCCAAUAUCUAACAGUAUUCGAACGUAAACGAUAAGUAUAAAUGUAGUGCCAUUUUAUAAAAAAUACAAAUCUUUGUUGCAGCGGUUUAUUCAAGUUAUUCUCACGAUCUUACCGAAUUGUAAUUCAUAUUACAUAUGAAAGUAUCUUGCACAAGCAUUUAUUAUAAUUAUUAUAAAUGCAUUGAAUAAUGAAUAUAUGUAGUGUUUCGCCUAUAUGACCGUUCUGUUUUUUUUUAAAUCACCGAACGUGCAAUGACGCAUGUUUUUACGAUUAGUCAAUAAAAUGAACCGUUGAAAUAAUUUCUAAUAUAUUAUAUACCACCGUACGUUAUCGGAAUCAUAAUUCAUUUUAUUGAUAUUCGUAAAAUCAUUUAAAUCAUGGAAAUGUCAGAAAAUAUGAAUAUUAUGUAAAUUACAUUUUAAAAGUCGCUUAAAGGCAAACAGGUAGUAUUUAGGCACUGUUUUAUUUGCGAUAACAACUUAGAAUAAUAAUGCCUAGAAAUAAAUAUUGGCAACCGAAGUGAAGUUAUUUUUACUAUGUUAUGACCAGACCUGCUAGCAUGAGUUGCGUUCUCGCGCGCGAGCGCAUACAUCGAGCGCGACUUCAAGUAUGGACUCGCGCGCGAGAACGCAACUUAUGCUAGACCGCCAGGUUUUCAUACAUUGUAAAGUCGUCACCAGUGUAUAUCGGAACGGCCAAGGUGUCCAAAGAUAUAUGAACAUGGCCUUUAACGUCUUGGUAAUAGAGGUGCUUUGUUCAGAUAUUUGGGAACAGCUUGGCCGCUCCGAUAUAUCUGAUGGCGAAUGCACACCGCUCAGAAUGUGAUGGAGUCUUAUUUAUAUUCUGUAUCUUUAGGUAUUUAAAUAAAAGUAAACAAAAUCUACCCUCAAAUGGCUCCUUAAGCCAGUUGAAGGUAGAUGAUAACAUUACAUGAUCAAAUAAUGUACGUUAAAGUCUGGUCGUUCAGUGACUGAUCCAGGCGGUUUUGUAUUUGGUUGGUUAACCAAUAAAUGUUAUACCUACCCGAAAAUGUACAAAUUAUUUGUUUACUUUUAUUUAAAUACCUAAAGAUACAGAGUAUAGACUUCACUUUUUAACAGGACGGUAUGGGACGGACUGUUUCUAGCCUUCUAGGUGUUAUUAUUCUAAGCACUUAAUUCACGAUGGCCUAAGUAAGAUAGCGCCGUUUUUUAUGAGAUCAUGUCAAUUCCCCAUGUAUAUAGUCGUGCCAUUCGAUGUUGUGUAACCUCAGGGUUUUCAGGUAGCUGUUGUGUUUUUUCUAUUGGGGCCGUGUACGGACUAGAUAUAAGUCCUUUCAACAGGUUAGGUAAGACUUAUUUUAAAGGCGGAUUCAUAUAUAAAUACCGAGUUUAAUAUUGGAGUUUGAAUUGCUAUUCCUACUUUGUGUUGUUUUUGGAGAAAAUAUUUUUUCCUAGUAUGAUUUUUAUUUAAGAAGCAAAACGUGGCAGCUGUAAGGGUCAAACACGUCGUUUAUGCGGCUUCAAAGCAUUAAAUAUUAGACAAAAUAGUAAUCCACAUUUCAAUAUUAAAUGCGUAUUAUAAACUCCUUAUAUAAACUUAAUAUACAUAUACGUAUUAUGAAAAUUAUACAACAACCAUUCUAUUAUUACCAUAGACAAAUAAAUACUAAGAAGCGAAAUGUACUGCAAAAGAUUGGGUCAGGCGCUAGCGCUUGACAACCGCAUAAUGUACGAUAUCGUACAGCGCCCUCUACUGUCAAAUUUGCGACUACAAAUACUUUAAGCGUCUUAGUAUUCUUUUAUCUAUCUUUUACUAAAAAAUAUUGACAUUUAAAAUCGGUCAUGUCCACCUUACAACACCGAAUAGUGACUAAUUAAUAUGUUUUUUGUAAUAUUUUGUAUUCAUUCCACAACCUAAGAAUAAUUGUAAUAUAGGUGUCUAAUGUCCUAUGGUAUACUUAAGGAUUAUCCGUCUUAACGUAGCGAUAUAGGCGUACGAUGUCAUGUAAGCUUCGAAAUAAAUUGGUAGCCUGAUUUUAACCGAAGAAUCGUAAAGACUUAAACUGUUAUAGAAAAAUUUUAUUUAUUAGAUGUUUCAAAUGCUAAUCGUAUGCUAUAUGUAGUAUGAAUUAUCUGAGAUGAUUUUUUUAACUCUGGCCCUAAUAAUCAGUUAAACAAAAGGUAUUAUUUCCUUUAUGCAGUGAGUACUUCUGCUACUGCUAAAAACGCCGUCGAGGAGCAAAGCUGAAGAAACAUUAGGGGUGUUAAGUCAGAAAAACAUUUGAGUCACUACAAAAUGUAUUGAAUGAUAUCAGAGCCAUCUAGUGAAGCUAUUCAGAUGUAACUUCUUAUUUAGCUACUUGCGUCGAUAGUUUAUCGUCGAUAGUCGGGCCACAAAGUUUUUCUAUAACAUUGUUAGGUUAUGGCAAGUUUAGUUCAAAUAAUACUAACUUGCUGCGGAACAUUCCGAUUCUCUUACUAUUCUAAUAAGAUUGCUAAGGGAUUAAAAAACAAUCUUCCGUAGUCUAUCUUGCCGAGUAGGUAGUAAUCGGGAUGCUACCAGUAAAGUAACCACCAAUCCUAAGCUCUCCAUUAUUAUGACAAUUUAAAAUAAUAUAAAUUUCAAUUUAUUUUGAUAAUAAGAGAUAAUUUUAAUGCGCUCGAAGCAUUCGCGACUCGUAAGACGCGAGCUUUUCUUAGUAAUUUCGAGAGAAAAUGCUUUAAAACUAUUUCGGUUGACUUCCCUCCGUCUAUGGUGUUAGUUUUAUCUAUGUAGCAUUUAACUAUUUAUUUUUCAUUAUACUAGAAUUAUUUUAGUUAAUCAUAGGCCAUAAAUUUAAGAGAUUUUUGUGAGAACUUUUUUCUUUUUCUAUAAAAAAAUAACAUAUUUGCACAAUAAUGCAUUUCUACGUCUCCUGAGACAACCACAUGACUGACUGGUACAAAACUACCCUCAUCCAGUGCAUUAUAUGUUUUAAGUACCCAUGUAUGUAAGUGUUUUUGUAUAUUUUUAUUAUAAAUGUAAGUGAAUGUACAACGUUUCUUUUUCAUCAUUACAAUACACUUGCCAGGGCAACAUAGCUUCUAUGAAGCUUGAUUUAUGAUCAUUUCUACUUUUUUAUAGUUUCUUUCUAACUAGAUAUAAGGAUAAAUAUUUAAUCGACAAGAUACUUCAUUUAAUUUUGAUGGUAUUUAGUUUUAAGGGCAUUGUCCAAUUUUAUAUUAUUUAAAAAGUGCCCUAACUUUUUAUAACUUAUAUCAAAAUGUCACUAAUCUAUAUUUGACAUAAUGGCGGCAUGGUCAAAUCGUAACGUAAUCUUAGGUUAUCUCAGACAGCUUCCAUUGUAGAUAUCAUUGAAGAUGAUUUAUAAUUUUAAUGGAAUAAUGUAUACUUGGAAUAAACCACCCUAAGUAGGGCUUGUUGUAUAGAUCACUUAUUUUUUUAAUUAGGUUUCCCAGCUGUAGAAGAUUAGUUCUUGUUAUCACUUUCACUUUGCAGAAGAUCUCUAUAAAUUUAUAGUAUUUUUAGGUCAUUGUAGUGUCACCUUUAGAACUUUGCAAGUGGAUUUAUGAGGGCAAAUGUUGGCUAUACCCUAACCAUUUUGACUUUACCGCAUCAAGACAUGUCCGCGCGCAUAGAUUCUACUGGAGUUCUAUGUAGUGUUACACCACGAAGAAAAAUAUAUUAAAAUGUCUAUGGUCAACCAUAGAUAUAGAGUUGUUGGAACAGUAAUACUCGAUUAUUUAUAUUUUAUUUAAAAUUUUAUAUUGAAAAUUAUUUAAAGAGUGCAGACUUCGGUUGUCGUUGCGACGUAGCUGAUAGUGAAUGAUAGUUUCUCUUUUGUCAUGUUGUACGUAGAUUUUAAUAGAAAAUAUUUGUCUUAUAUAAAAGAUACAUUAUGAUUGAAAAUAAUUAUUAUAUUAUACACAAUUCACAGAGAAUUAAAUGAAUGAUUUUUUA